AUUUGGGAAAUCAACUUACCCUUUUUGGCUAGUUUACUUAUUUUUUCUAAUAUUCGGAGUGAAAAUGACUCUGAAAUUUUCGGUGGAACGACUGGUGGAUAGUGAGAAGGAAUCGGAAGAAGCCGACGUGGAAGAGCAAAAUAAUUUGAAAAAACUAGAAGAAGACGAAGAAGACGAUGAACUAUGUGAAAAAUCAGGAAAGAAUGAGCCACUUUCACAGACACUCUCAUAUUUUGACGUUCUUCUUCCGCAUGUUCAAAUGGCUUGUUCGAAUCCGUUUAUUUCGGGUAUUGGAGCAUCAGGCAGUGGAGAUCAGAAUUUGAAUACAGGUGCUGGCGGAUCUGUAUGGCAACAUCCAUGGCUUGAAUUGUUGCAAAGUACGACAGCUGCACAAUUCGGUGACGUCACAGCUGGGCUCUUUCUUCAACCUCUCCGAAAAAACAAAAGAAUUCGAACGGCAUUUAGUGCAUCUCAACUGAUACAACUAGAAAAGGCAUUCGAAGGAAAUCAUUACGUCGUGGGAAAUGAGCGAAAACAGUUGGCAGCAAAGUUGAGCUUAACGGAAACACAGGUAAAAGUUUGGUUUCAAAAUCGGCGGACCAAACACAAGAGAGUCAGAUUGGAAGGAUCAGAUCCGAACGCUCCGAUGUCAAACGACGAAGACGACGAAGACGAUAAGAAAUCAGUAUCUUGAAUUCUUAUUUAUCUCCUUUCCAUGCCGAAAAUAGUAUUUCUCAUUCAGUAUUCACACAUUUUAGUGCCAUAACAUUCAUCGAUUUUCUCUCUAAUUAAUAAAUUUGCAAAUAUUUUUUAUUGGAAAUGUUUUUGUUUCAUAUUGAAACUUUUAAUGAAUCGU